AUGUUGGAGACUUGCGAGAUCUUCGACCUAGCCGAGGAAGGUGAGAUUGACAUUGAAGAGAGCUUCGCUGAAGGCUUUGAGAUGAUGGUCGCUGAGGACGACAUGGUUGAGCACUUUGACCUCACCAUGACGGACAUGGACGACCACUGGACCAUGGAGGAUAACUUCACCCAGGAGAUCGACCUCGUCGACUACAAGAUGGACUACAACGACCUCUUCCAGAACGUGGACUUCAUCGCCCUCAAGACCUCCAAGGUUGAGACCUUUCUUCGAGAUUCUCAAGGACGAAUGAUCCCUGUUGAAGAGAAAGUGGCUAUGACUUUGCGUUGCAGAGCAGCGGAUGGACGACCUGUCCAGCUGAAGGAGAUCUUUGCGGUGGCCAACGUGAAGCAACCACUUGUGGCUAUGGGCAAGUGGAUGAAGAAAGGCUGGAUGACCCAGAAUGUCAAAAGCGAGGAGCUCUAUGGAUCUUUCCUGAACUUCUUCAACAUGUUCUACAUGCACAACUUGGAGGACCUCCUGAACUACGUCUUCUACCUGGAGAAGCUGAGCCU